AGCAACAAUAAUCACAACCAUAAAAGAGGCGAUGCGUGUCGUUCGCCUUCACGCGGUGCGGACGCCUUCAAAGGUGCUGCUCCCCGCCUCUGUGCAGCGGGCGGCGCCGGUCUUCUUCGUCGUGCUUCACGGAUUUCUCGCCCACAGCGGCGCCAUGAACUCGUUUGUGGUGAUGCUGCGCAAUGAGCUCGAUGCACGCAAUCGUGCCAUCUUAGAAAACAAUGACACCAUGUCUCACGUUACCCCGUUUCACAUCACGACGCUGGAUGCGCGGAAUCAUGGUCUGUCGCCGCACACGCCGACGCACGUGCUGGGCAGCUUGGUGGAGGACGUGCGUUCCUAUCUCCUGCACCAGCUGCCGCAGACCGUGAAAGAGGUAGUGGAAUACAUGGACGCAGGGCACCGACACGAACACGAUGUGGAAACAGCAGGGAGGGAUGGGGCGAUGGCCUCGUCAAAGGUACGAGUCAUUGCGAUUGGUCACAGCAUGGGAAGUAUGACGUGGGCGCAGUACCUCAUGAACCAACACCAAAAGCAAUCCUCUAGCGCCAACCAGAAAUCAGAAGCCGCAACCAGUGCCGUGCAAAGCCCUCCUGAUGUUCAAGGCUUCGUGAGUAUAGACAUGCCCCCCAUCACGCAGUCGCACAUUGCUGCCAGCCUCGUGGAUGAGCUUGUAGACAUCAUUGAAAGCAUGAAGAGGGUGGAGAUGCACCGCAUUUCUGACCUCCGCAGCGCACACGCGGAGUUUUUCCGCUGCGGCAUGCACGACAUCCGGAUUCGAGGCCUGUGCACGACAAACCUAGCCCUGGCACCCGGCCCGUCGAAUCCGGCGCGGCAGGUGGCUCGCUGGAAGUGCAACGUGCCGGUGCUCGAGCGAUCCAUUCGCACCGGGGAGCUCUUCUUCACCGAUGCGUACUUCAAAGAUCCUCUGCCUACCGAAGGCACCGCGGCGGCUGCGCAGGAACGGCGAAGGAAUGAGAUCUUGACCUGCCCGUCUGUGGGAAGCGUCCCUGUGCUGUCCAUUCUUGGCGGCGCGAGUCCGAUCGGUGGCGAUGCGAAGUACGGGAAUGUGUGGGAGCGGUACGCGCUCGACUUGGAGCAGCACACCAUCCCUGGCGCUGCGCACACCGUCUACUACGACAAACCGCGCGAAACGAUCAGUCUGGUAAUGAGUUUUUUGAAGCGUAUCCACGUACUGUGA